CACACUGGAGGGAAAGGUCAAACUAAAGGCGAGGGAGCCGGGAGGCCGGAGGGAGCCGCCGCUGCCGCCGCGCGCCAUGACGGACGCGGCCGAGGCUGCUUUCUCUCCGCGGACGCCGCCGAGCCACUGCUCUCACCGCGCCCCUCGCCCCCGCCCCCCGGACCCCCCUCCUCCCCGGGCCUCGCGCGUCCCCGCGCCCCCUCCCCAUGGCGCUCUGGGCGCGCGUCGGGCCUGGGGCGCGCGCCGGCCGCGAGCGGGCGCGGGCGCGGGCUCGGGAGGGUGGGGGCCGCGGCGGGCGGCCGGCCUCCUUGCGCGACCCCCGGUACCUUCGCCCGGCCCCUCAGCGAGAGCCCGCCAGGUACCGGUUUCGAACACACAACUGGCCGUCUCCAGCUCUGGGACUUCGCCAACGACACAGCAAUGGCCAGAUUGCUCCAUGAAGUGUGUUCCAGCAGGAGUGUCCCGGUUCACCAGUUCUCCACCAGUGGCCGUUUGCACCAUUGCACCAGCACGUGCCAGGGGCUGUGAGGACGUCCCGCACCUCCCGUGAAGGGGUCCUCAUCGCUAGCUGGCCAGCAAGUGCUCCAGCUCGAACAUCCGAUGUUAGAGUCUGCUUCCCAGGAGCACGUCCAGCCCCGACCACCCUAGACGGAGAUCCCACACACAGACUUGGAGGUGGGGGGUUGCAUGUCGGAAGUCGGCUGGGGCAUGUGUUCUGGAGAUCGCUGCAGGGAAGUAGGGAUGGCUGGAGUGGUGGAGGGAGAAGCUGCCCUCUGAUGCAGCUGUGACUGGAGUCUCGGCCAACCCAAAGGCAUCCCCACUGCACCCCUGCCCACCACAGAUGCCUUAAGCACCUUCAGAUCAGCUGGCUUCUAUGGCCCACAUUGAUCUUGUGCAGUGACUGUCCCCUUACAAUGACCCUCUCAAACCCAGCAGAUACCUGGAUUCUUCAGAGAGCUCUGGGGCUGCAGUGGCCUUCCACCUGUUCUGAAUGGAAGCCAAGAGGCCAGUCAUUGGCCCUGGGAUAUAACCUUGAGUGGGUGGGGCAGCCCCUGCUCCUGAGAGCAGUUCCUAGUGAGGCAGAUGUCUGUCAAGGUCAACACCAGUGUGUACAGCACCCGGAGCAGAGACCCUGAGGAGGGGCUCUGGGGGAGCGCCAUGGGAUCCACGCACAUGAACAUGUUACUUAAAGAAGGACGUGGCCGGAAAAUGAAAGGAUGGUGGGUUUCACACGGGGGUCUGUGUUGCUGUCCUGCUUUCUGAGCUUACUCUGUUGAACUUACCUCCCCUUUGUGAACUUGUGAUUCCUCCUUUGAGAAAUGGGUAUGACGAUAAGAACACCUUGCCCUGCCAUGACACAGAGCGAAACCUGAACCACACGAAAAUCUGGAUGUGAGAGCCCGGGGUGAAACUGUAUAUCCGUGAGGGUCCCUGUUCGUAUGGUCUGACUUCGAAGAAGCGCACAACGGGGGUGUGAGUUCUAGAGCAGAGCUCCUUGCAGCUUGUGCCAGAGCUUUACAAGGAGGAGGGGAGAAUUCCUUGUCCCUGUGCUUCAACGCAAAGAGGACUUUUAACGAUAGGGCCCUCGAGGAAGGGGGAAACUUGGUGAGGAAAGGAAAGAGGGAAGAAGAAAGAGAUGGAACAUCUGUGAGGGAGAAAGAAAGGACAGUGAAUCCAACAUUUGUUAAAACAGCUACUCGGGACUGGGAGCUAAGCUCAGCCUCGUGUCCACAUUCUCUCUCCGCGAGAGAGGUUGUUCUAUUAGGGCUCUCUGGGUAGCACGUAAAAGAAAACCAAAGUCAGACUCUCUUAAGGGAAAUAGAACUCAAUCUAACUUAAGACAAACAAACCAACAAAAACACAAACAGAAGGAAUGUCUUGGCUUAACAACCCAAAGGAAGCGCUGGCUUCUAGAACUUGAUCCUGGGGCUUCAGUGGUGUCUCCAAGGCCCAGUUUCUCUGUUUUUCAUCGCACAGCUGGCCCUCCCACUGAGCUGGCUUUGCUCUCCAAGAUGGCGGCAGCUCCAACCUUUCCUUCCAGCUUCAGAUCCACGUUGGGGGAGGACCUGCUUCACUUUGUCCUCCAUUCCUGCCCAAACCUCAUCCCUCAGCACACGGGUCACGCUACCUCCCGGACCUUGAAUCCAUGUGCGGGAGAACUUGAUGUUGUCUGAGGGAAUGCAUGAUUGAGACAUGGCUAGAAAGUGGUAGUUCUGGAGGUGGAGACUCGGUCCGCAUGACUCUGAAGCCCGAGUUUCUCUUGGAGCGAUGAACACCCCACCCCCGCCGACCCCAUACACCUCGGCUGAAUCACCUCACCCCCUUGAACCUUGUCUCCUCUUCUAGCUCUGAGUUUGACAACUCCACCUUGAGGAAACCUAUUAACCGAGUGAGCUACAAUGGCACUAUUCAGUCCGUAAUGGCGUAACUAUUGCCAAGUACCUGGUUCUCUUUCUUUCCAGUGUUUGUUUGCGAUGAGCCUAAGCACGGAUCGGCCCAGCCAUCAUCAUACUGUUCAUGUUCUCUUUGGCUUCUUAGCACAAGGGCCCUCUUUCUAUUUCUGCGUUGGAGACGAUGGGUACUUUGGCCCCAAGCAUGGAGCUCAUCGAACACACCAAACCCGCUUCCUCCUUCGCCCUGCUCCCCCCAAUUACUGUUGUUCCGGGCUUCCCUGUAAGACAAAUGCUUCUUUCCACCAUAUUGACCCCAAAUAUUUCAUCCAUUCACUCUCACUGAAAGCCAAGUGCUUUUUUCGGGCUGUCUGCAAACAAAAGCUAGUUCGUGGGGCUGUGAGGGCAGCGAGCCAGAUUACCUUUUACGGGUUGUGUUUUGUUUGUAAAACGGCAGUGUCUUUUGUAAACAUGGUAUGUCAGUGCCACAUAAAUUGUGCCUACCGAACUAGUGGCCUGUUGUC